AUGGAGGAUAACGACCUUCCACCUAAGAGCGCUGAUCAUGUGGAGGAGGCCGUCCUUGCGAGCCUGACGGAUGAGGACAUUUGGAAACUCUCAAGGGAAUCACUGAAUGUUUACUCCUGGACUGGCUUUCGUCUAUUUCUCAUCAUGUUCGUGAUGGGAUGCAACCAGGCAGGCUUUGGUGUGGAUUGGGCCGUCAUCGGUGGUAUUAACGCUCUCGAUUCCUGGCACUCGUACUUUGGAUUUGGCACCAGUGGAAGCACUUAUGGUCUUCUUAACGCGCUGAUGAACAUCGGCACCGUCUGCGGUGCUCCUUUCCUGGCCCUUUCCGAUGUCUUUGGCCGUCGUGGCGUUAACUUCGUCGGUAACUUGAUUGUCAUCGUCGCUUCUAUCCUUCAGGCCACUGCGCCCAACUUGCAUGCGUUGCAGGGUGGGCGUUUCCUCAUGGGGUUUGGAUCUGCCUUGCUCUCCAGUUCCCAGUACAUGGGUGAGAUCUCUCCCGUUCAUCUACGUGGUAUAAUGGUCGGGUUCUUCGGCGCCUGUUUCCAGAUCGGCAGUCUGGCUAUGACCGCUGCGUUGAUCGGAAUAUCUAAUUUGGAGGGUAACUUGGCCUGGCGCCUCCCUUGCUACCUCAACAUGGUGUUCCCGGCUCUCGUUUGCAUCGGAAUCUACACGCUCUGCCCAGAGUCACCUCGUUACUAUGUCAUGCGCGGCAACCGUGAGGCCGCCAAACGUGUGGUUGCCAAGUACCACACUACCAGCGGAGACAUUAACCAGCCCAUCGUUGAGAUCGUUGUCUCCCAGAUGGAGGCUUCCAUUGAGAAUGAUCGCGCUGCCGGCCACCAGAAAUUCUGGGAUUACUCGGUCUUCUUCACCAAAACUGUGCGCUACCGCCUGUUCGUUCUCUUCCUGUACUCUGUCUUUCAGCAGUGGAACGGCGGUGGUAUCAUCGGCUACUACAUGGUUCCCGCCCUUGAGACAAUCGGCAUUCACGGCUCAAUGCAGCAACUUGGAAUCUCUCUCGGCACGACAGCCACCUACUUCGUCUUCACAGCUGUCGGUGCCCUGCUUAUUGACAAAUUCCGCCGACGAACCAUGAUCUUCUCCGGCCUCGCAACUAUGAUCCUCUUCCAAACCGCAACAACCAUUACCUCCUGGCAAUACAGCGUACAUGCCACGCAUGCUGCCGCGGCGCUGACUAUUCUCUGGAUAUUCAUGUACCAGACGUUCUCGGCAAUGCUCAUUGCCACCAUGCACAACCUGUACCCAGUCGAGAUCUUAUCGCUCCCGCUGCGUGCCAAGGGGAUGGGCCUCUACGGGUUGAUCCAGGGCGGUGCCGGUGCGGUGCAAACUUACGGCAUUUCAAUCGGCAUUGACAAGCUCGGGUACAAGAUCUGGGUGGUGUAUAUCGUCUACAACAGUGUGCAGUUGGCCCUGUCGUACUUUGUCUUCCCUGAGACGUAUGGACUGUCGUUGGAGGAAAUCGAUGCUGUUUUCGAGACGCCAGGUGUUUCGCCGGUUAAGAUGUCCAAGGAUAUUUACAAGGCCAAGAGGCAGAUGGAAGAAGCUAAUCGGGAGCAUGUUGCUUGA